AUGGCAGUCUCGGCCGAGAACCUGGCCGCCAUGUACAAUAACUUGGCGACCGGUGUGAGCGGAUUCCCCGAGGAGACCAUCCACAUUGGAGGGAUCGAGGGGUACACGGACAUCAAUGCCGGGUGGACCCUCCAGUCUGGCUACCUGGUGUUCUUCAUGCAAAUCGGUUUCGCCAUGCUCUGUGCCGGCGCGGUGCGGGCCAAGAACGCCAAGAACAUCAUCCUGCUGAACCUGCUGGAUGCCUGCUUCGGCUCCGUGGCCUGGUACCUGACAGGCUGGGCCUUUGCCUACGGCGACCCCACCGCCAACGAGGACGGCGUGUACACGUUCUCCGCCUCUCAGGCCUUCAUCGGCAACCGCUACUUUGUCCAGAACGGCCUGGCCCGCACCUCCUAUGUCUCCUGGUUCUUCCAGUUCACCUUCGCCGCCACCGCCGCCACCAUCGUCUCCGGCGCGGUGGCCGAGCGCUGCCGCUUCGAGGCCUACAUGAUGUACGAGUUCAUGCUGGUCAUGUUUGUCUACCCAGUCGUCGCGCACUGGGUCUGGUCCCCCUUCGGCUGGGCCUCGGCCCUGCGCUCCCCCGCCACCUCCAAGACCUCCUGGACGCUGCUGGCCAACUCUGGCGUCUACGACUUUGCCGGUGACGGCCCCGUGCACAUGGUGGGCGGCUUUGCCAGCCUGGCGGGGGCUUGGGUGCUGGGCCCACGCCUCGGCCGCUUCGAUGCCUCGGGCAACCCCAUUCCCAUGCCCGGUCACAGCGCCGCCCUGAACGUCCUCGGCGUCUUCUUCCUCUGGUUCGGCUGGUACGGCUUCAACCCGGGCUCCACCAACGCCAUCGUGGGCGCCACGGGCUUCUCCAAGGUCGCCGCCGCGGUGGCGGUGAAUACCACGCUGGGCGCCGCGCUGGGCGCCAUCUCCACCCUUUUCACCGUCAUGCUCCACACCUACUUCACCACCGGGGUGGUGGUCUGGGACCUCGUCAUUGCAGGCAACGGCGCUCUGGCGGGCCUGGUGGGCAUCACCGGCCCCUGCGCCUUUGUGCAGACCUGGGCUGCCAUCAUCAUCGGCAUGAUCGCGGGCCCCGUCAUGUACGCCGCCUCGCUGAUCAACCUGCACCUGCUCAAGGUGGACGACCCGCUGGACGCCAUCGCGGUGCAUGCGGGCGCGGGCAUCUGGGGCCUCAUUGCCUCGGCCGCCUUUGCCGACCAGGGCAUGGUGGAGGAGGUGUACGGCACGCACCCCGUCACCGACGGCCCGCGCAACUACGGCUUCAUCAUGGGUGGCAACGGCGCGGUGCUGGGCGCGCACCUGCUCUUCAUCCUUGCGGUGACGGGCUGGACGCUGGGCCUCAUGACGCCCUUCUUCAUGCUCAUCAAGCGUGUGGGCCUGUUCCGCGUGCCCCCGGAGUGGGAGGUCCAGGGCCUGGACGUCUCGCUGCACGCCGGCUCGGCCUACCCCCACGACCUCCCCGGCCCGGGCAAGGGUGGCGAGCCCAAGGCGUACCAGCAGCACGCCAACCCGCUGGCGGACGCCGAGCUGGACGCGCGCGUGGAGGCCGCCAUGGCGCGCCUGGCCGGCCGCAACGGCGCCGGCGCGGGCGACGUCACCAAGCAGGCCUGA